AACUGAUCUAUAUUCCAGUGCAGCCUUUGGCAGUUUCCUACACUAUCCAUCAAACACAGCCGUUAUUGCCUGCAAACUUACUAAUCCACCCAUCUGCAUUUUCAUCCAUGCUCUUUAUACAAAUCAUGGAGAGCAGAGGUCCCAGUACUGAUCCCUGCAAAACACCACUUGUCACAGACCUCCAGCCAGGUAGAGGCUCCUUCAGCCUCUACCCUCUGUCUUCUAUAAUUUACCAUGGAUUUCAUGCAUUGUAUUCUUCUGGAUGAGAUCCCAUUAUGGAGUUUGCCAAACUCCUUAAUAAAAUCCAUGCAGACAAUAUCGACAGAUCUACCUUCACCAAUCACCUUAAUUGGCUCCGAAAAAUGCAAUCAAGUAUUAAGACAGGUCUUGUCCUGCACAAAACCAAAGGGACUGUGUUUAAUAUUGCCAUGGUUUUCCAAAUAUUCAUAAAUCCUAUUCUUAAGAAUCCUCUUCAGUAACUUCCUUACUGUUGACAUGUGUCUCCUGGUCUAUGUUUACAGGAUUUCCCUUCUAGAAUAAUGGAACAGCAUUAGAUACUCACCAGUCCUCCAGAACCUCACCUGUGGCUAGAGUAGGACUUCUUGCCAGACCACAUUUGAGAGAAAUGGACAGUAUCAGCCUGAAAAUUUGACUGUGUCUUUUCCACCAUGAUGCUCCCUGAUCCACUGAGUUCCUCCAGCAUCUUGUUUGUUCCAGAUUUCAGCAUCUUAUAUUUCAACUUUUGAUCAACUUAAUUAUUAUUAUAAUUGUUCUGUAUUUGCACAGUUUCGUUUGCACAUUGCUUGCUUGUCAAUCUUUGAGUGUAAUUUUUUCAUUUAUUCUAUUGUAUUUCUGUGUUUUACCGUGAACGCCUGUGAGAAAAUGAACCUCAGGGCAGUCUGUUCUGACAUAUAAUGUGCUGCCUGGGACGGUGGUAGAGGCAAGUACAUUAGAGGCUUUUAAGAGACGUCUGGACAGGCAGAUGAAUAUGCGGAAGAUGGGGAAAUAUGGACAUUGUGUAGAUAGGAGGGAAUAGUGUUUGAGGUGUUUUUGAUUUGCUUUUUAGCUGGUUCAGCACAACAUUGUGGGCCGAAUGGCCUGUUCCUGUGCUGUACUCUUCUAUGUUGUACUUUGAUAAUAAACUUAAUUUGAACUUUGAAUUUGCUCUGGAAUAUAGGUUCCCAAUCUGGGGUCCACGGUUAAUGGGAGGGGUCUGAUGCAUAAAAAGGUUUGGGAACCCUACUCUAUUGCAUAGUGUUUAGAUUGGCAAAGUCAAGACUGUCUGUAUUAUUGGAAAAGGCAUGAUGGUGUACAUGAAUUUGCAGAGGCAGAGAAUGGAAAGAGACUGUGGGUCACCGGGAGCCUUUGUAGGUAGAAACGCAUGAGUGUUGUUUAAAUGAGACUUUUCGUGAAGAUAGGGUAACUGCUUUUUCUUUAAGACAUAAUGCAAUGAUCUUUUUCGGGAAAGAAUCAAAAGGUGAAAUUUGUUUAUAAUGAUUAGCACAGCGUGGAUUCAAGUAUAGAUAAAAACAGAAGAAACAAUAGCACAAGGAACAAGUAAACAAAAUCCUUUUUUCAAGGAAGGACAAAGGGGUGACAGACAGGUCUGAACUAUUGAGUUCUCUGAUAAUGACACAGCAUUAAAUCAGUAUUAGCAGGACUAUGUUUAAUUUAGUCAUUCAGUAAGAGCUCCCCUGCAGCUAAUUCCUUUCAGAGCUAUUGAAUUGAGGUUGCCCAUAGUAACUCUAUGUUGUUGCUCUGGCUAGUUCCUAUCUGUUGCUUAGGAAGCAAUACUUUUUUCAAUCAUGGUGAUUUUGUACUUGUUCAGAUAAAGACAACCAAGAUGGCUCAGGUAAAUAUUAAUAGAUCUGCUUCACAUUUAGGAUUGUCAUCCAGGUUUCCCGAAUUACACCAUCCUUUAUCAAGACUGGGCGAUCCUGAAGCUGUUUCAGUACAAGGUAUUUCCACAAGCAGAGGAAGAUUUGCUUCUCAGAAGCUCGGGGAUAGUAGGAUGUCAUCGAGAUUCACAUCGGAAAAGAGUGAAUCUGGAUCUGCAUUAGAACGUGAAUUAAAAAUGCACAAGAUGGAACAGCUCGACAACUGGAGGAAGCUGGAUCGUUGGUUAAAUCUCAAAAAGCAGUGGGCUUGUGACCCCAGAUCAGUUGACCAUGAUGCUCAAACAGUUAUCUCACCAAGGCCUGGAACACAGAUGAGGCUAAAAAUUGAUGAGCUUCAAUAUCAACUGCAUGAAAAGAUCAGAUCAGGUGGAUUUUACAGUCUCAAGCAGCUCUUCCAUGCAAACGACCCAACCAGCAGGGGUCAUGUGACAAGAGAAGUCUUGUUGACAGUUCUAACUCGAUUUCUGAAACGAUUUAUUGCUACAAAUGAAUUCUAUCAUCUUCUGCUCAGGCUUAAACUUAAUGAAAAGACUGUCAUUACCUUUGAAAACUUCUGUUCGCAUUUCAAAGAACAAGAACCAAAGGGUUAUCCAGCUUGGAUGGAUCCUGUGAAAAGACCCAGUGAAAGCAAAAUGCUGAGUUCAACACAAGCUCAUUUGCAGCUGAAGGCAAUGGUGAUGGAAAGACCUCUGGAAGUGAGAGAUCUUUUCACUGGGAUGGAUAAUGGCAGGAUGUUUCCAGCCACAUUUCAGAAUGUCUUGCAUCAGCUAGGAAUAGAAAUGGAGCAUGAAGAAUUCAAAAAACUAUUGAAGAGGUAUGACCCCCAUGAAACUGGAACUGUUAUAGCCGACAGUUUACUGCGAACACUCGGCUUCCAGACGAAAAGCAAUCAAAGUGAAGAAUGGAACAAAACCUUCUCAGCUCUUGGCAAGACAAAACGAUUCAGGUUGUCAGAAGAUCAGCCCAGGUUCUCUGCUAGAAACCCAACCAAAGCAGAAAGAGAGAGGAAGCUGACACUGGACAUUGAGAACUGGUUGAAGGAAAAAUUUAGAGAAGGUUUCAAAAGCAUGAAGACUGAGUUCUGUUGCUAUGACCAAGACAAUUCUGGAAAGGUAACCAGGGAAAACUUCUUGCAUGUCCUGAAAAAAUUUGACCUGCGACUCAAAGAAGAUCAAUUAAAUACUUUCCUUGUGCGUUGCGGCCUUCAAGAAGUUGCACCAAAUGUAAAUUAUGUAGAAUUUCUUCACAAUUUCCAAGACAGAAGUAAAAACGGGAUUCCUCACAGGAUUAUAACUGAUGAAAAUCAUAGAUUUAAUAAACUCAGCAGUUAUGGCUCACAAUCCUCAGUGACUGCUUUGGAAGCAAAACUAAUGAAUCUUUUGCAUUAUGAAUUCCUUACCCUUUUAGGACUUUUUCAUAAAAUUGACAACAAGAAGCUAGAUGUAAUCAGCCAGCAGGACUUCUGGUCAGUCUUAAACAGCAGGUUUAGUAUCAACAUGACUGAUGAAGAAAAGAAUUAUCUGAAGAAUAGGAUACCGCUUGAUCGCCAAGGGAAUGUAAAAUAUCUUGAAUUCAUGUCCCUGUUUGACAAAUGCAAAGGAGCAAAGAGUCUUUUGGGUGACAAGUCCAUGAUGACGAACCUCAGCAAGGAACAGCCAGUGAAGAAGGAGCAUAGUUCAUCAAGAACCACAGAUCGGAUCACAAAAAUUAUACAGAAUCUCUUGAAGAAGCAUUACGGACUGGUGGAAGAUAGCUUUAAUAAGCUGGAUACAAUGAACACAAAGCAGCUUUCUCCUGAAUCAAUGUACCAGCUAUUGAAACAGUUCGACAUUCACCCGCCAAUCUCUCGAGAUGAAAUCAGUAUGCUCUGGAGCACCUUAAUUACCAGCCAGAACAAUACUUUGGAUUUCCGUCAGUUUGUUCGUCACUUUGGCUUCUCACCUAAGUCAGCUUGUUUCCCAAAUGCAAAAUUAUAUCCACCAGUUAAAGGUGACAGUGACUUUCUGAUACGAUCCAAAAAGCUGAACUGUGACACUGACAUCAUUGAGAAUAACCUGCAAGCCAAGGUUCAGCUCUUGCUGAAUGAUCUUUGGACAAGCUUUCGUGAGUUGGAUCAAUUUAAUACUGGCUUUGUUAGCAAAGAAGAAUUCAAAGACGUCCUCAUGGACCUUUGUGUGGCACUGAAUGAUCAGGCCUGUGAGACGAUCACCAGCAAGUUUGACCAUGGGCAGGACCGGAUCUCUUAUGUCGAGUUUCUCCAGCCUUUUGAAGAUCGAAGGAGAUCAUUCAGGCUUGACAACUCAAAAGCUCAAAAGCAGUUGCAGCCAGAGAUUGCAGUGUACAUGGAAUCUGUGCAUAAAGGCCUGGGUACCAUUACAGAAAAACUUCGAAGGAAGUUAGCCGGCAACUUGAAAACAUUGGACAGAGUCUGUAAAAAACUGGAUUGUGCUAGUACUGGAUUUCUUACGCUGCCUGAAUUUCAAUCUGUUCUUCAACUCUGUAAUAUAGUGUUGGAUGAAGAAGAAAUAUACCAGUUAAUGUCAAAAUAUGAUGAAGAUAUGGUUGGUAAAAUUAAAUAUUCAAAACUUAUCAACAAAAUUUACAAGACUCCAUAAACACAAUUCAUUUUAAUUGUUCUGUGUGUUUUUGUUGGAAAUGUGAUAGAUUCCACAGUACUAAGCUCAAGUACUAUUGAAAUUUUACUUGGAAUUUUUAAUCCUACUAAAUGUUACAGAAGAAUUAAUAAAGGUUUAAGAAAAU